AUUAACACCAAAAUGUAAAUCUCUUUAUGGCACUGGUGUAAUGAUGCAAAAAUUAUUACGGACUGAAAAGAAAAAAUGCCAAAAUUCAAGGAAUGUCUUAAAGCAGCUGAAAAAUUCUCAGAUAAAUAUUUGGAUUCUAAAAUCAUUGGAUGUAUGACACCCGCGGCAGCUAUAUUCACCAAACUUCAACUUCGUGAAACGAAGAAUAGUCCCAAAGGCCGUAGGUUUACUCUUGAAGAGAAGCUACUUUGUUUGUCACUGUAUAAGCAAAGUACAAAGUCCUACCAAUUAUUUUCGAAACUUUUUAUAUUACUGGCACGUAAAACCUUAUCAACAUUGCUAUCCCAAAUUUCAAUCAGCACCGGAUUAGACAAAAGUCUUUUAAAAGUUUUAAAAGAGAAUGCAAAACUUUAAAAGAAAAGGAAAAGUAUUGUGUGGUUCUAUUUGAUAAAGUGAGUCUAGAAUCACAGUUACAGUAUGAUGACAACGUUGGCUGCAUUGUUGGAUUUGAGGAUAAUGGAUUAGAUCGUAGGUACCCAACGUUUUGCUGAUCAUAGUUUAGUGUUUAUGAUAAAAGGUAUUACAAACAAUUUUAAACAGCCUAUAUCAUAUACGUUUUGUGAAAGCUCAACAAAACGAUAUGACUUGGCAAAUCAAAUUACAAAUGUACUAAGAGCAGUACAUUUGAGUGGCCUAAAAGCUGUUGGUACUAUAUGUGAUCAAGGUACUACAAACACAGCUGCUAUUAAUAUAUUAAUAAAUGACACAAAAGCAUUCUAUUUGCGCCAAAAUCAAAAAUAUAAUGAUACAUUUUAUGAAAUCGAUUGUGGUAUAGAACGAAUUAAGGUUGUUCACUUGUAUGAUUCUCCACAUCUCUUAAAAGGUAUUCGUAACAACCUUUUAAGUAAAAAUCUUAUGUUUACCAUCAAUGGCCAUCAAAGAGAAGCAUGUUGGAAGGACAUCGUUGAUUUAUAUGAAUUGGAUAGUGUCACUCAAGAUAUCAAAAUGUUACCACGAUUAACAAGAGAACAUGUCAUUCCUGGUGAAGUAAAAAAGAUGAAAGUUAAGAAUGCCUCUCAAGUUUUUAGUCAGCGAGUUUCAUCAAUUUUAUCUUUUUUAUCAUCAAAGAAUAUAAUGAAUCAAAAAGCUGAAGAUACAGCUAUAUUAUGUUUAUUUUUUGAUAAGGUGGUGGAUGGUAAAAUAUUUCGUACAGCUGUCAAACCAAAUUCUCCUCAUCAUCAGCUUUGGAGAGAAUCUUUAAAAGUGCUCGAUACAAUGUAUUUUGUAUAUCCUGUGUCCAAGGAACGUUCAAAACCCCAACCAUCCACUCUAAAGAACUGGGUAAAAACUAUUAAAGGACUUCCAAAAUGUCUUAAAGCAGCUGAAAAAUUCUCAGAUAAAUAUUUGGAUUCUAAAAUCAUUGGAUGUAUGACACCCGCGGCAGCUAUAUUCACCAAACUUCAACUUCGUGAAACGAAGAAUAGUCCCAAAGGCCGUAGGUUUACUCUUGAAGAGAAGCUACUUUGUUUGUCACUGUAUAAGCAAAGUACAAAGUCCUACCAAUUACUUUCGAAACUUUUUAUAUUACUGGCACGUAAAACCUUAUCAACAUUGCUAUCCCAAAUUCCAAGUUCAUUUAUUUCAACCGAGAAUGAUUCUGAAAAAUUCGUCAGAGAAUGA